AGAGUACACUGCGCAUUACGAAAAUUAGAGGUUGAGUUGAAUAUUUACAGCAGCUACCGAAUCCCGCCUCCGCUUCCCGGUUCGGCCCGCUGACUCGGAGCGGGGGCCGCCGCUCACGUGCCCGGGAGGGGCAGACCGCUGCUGACGUCAGUGUUUAAAGUCCCCCGCAUCCAGGCUGCGCUUGUUUACCCCGCUGAGAGGCUGUAAGAGGAGGCUGUUUGCGCAGAGAUCAGCAGAGAUGGCGAUGUCCUGGAAGACGAGCUGGCCGCUGCUCGCCGUCAUGUGUGCGGCUGCAGUCGUCGGCGCUUUAGGGGGCUUAGCCGGAGCCCCCAUCCAGGCAGACCUUUCGGAAGAUGGGGUGAAGGAGGCCUUGAAUUUUGCAGUGGCCGAGUAUAACAAAGUCAGUAACGACAUGUUCUUCAGCAAGCCUGCCCGUGUCAUCGACGUCAAGAAGCAGGUGGUUGCAGGGAUGAAGUACAUCAUUACGGUGGAGAUGGGGCGCACAGCCUGCAGGAAGGGGACAGAGGGGAACGUGGGUGUCUGCGCCAUGCAAGAUGACACUCAGCCUGCCACGACUGAGACGUGUACAUUUGAGGUGUGGUCCCGCCCCUGGUUGACCGAUAUCAGGAUGUUGAAGAAUACUUGCCAGAACUGGACUCGGGAACGGAUGUCCAGCUCUGAAGAGUCUUUCCAGGGAUUUGCCUGCCGGUGCAGAAUGGAGAGCAAGGCCCGCGUGGACUUCCUGGGGUCUGAUUCAGAUAAGAAGCUCCACAAACAUGACAGCACGUUCACAGACUCCAGUCUGUACAGCCUGCUUGGCUGUUUAAAUCCCCCCGCGGAGAGGCUGCGAGAGGAGGCUGUUUGCGCAGAGAUGGCGAUAUCUUGUAAGACGAGCUGGCCGCUGCUCGCCGUCCUGUGUGCGGCUGCAGUCGUCGCGGAUCAAUCCCCCAGUGACGGAGCCCCUGUCAAGGCUGACAUUUCGGAAGAAGGGGUACAGAAGGCUUUGAAGUUUGCAAUUGCUGAAUAUAACAAAGGCAACAACGACGUGUUCUUCAGCAAGCCUGUCCGUGUCAUCGACGUCAAGAAGCAGGUGGUCGAAGGGAUGAAGUACAUCAUUACGGUGGAGAUGGGGCGCACAGCUUGCAGGAAGGGGACAGAGGGGAAUCUGGAGGUCUGCGCCAUCUAUAACGAUCCUCAGCUUGCCAAGACCAAGAGAUGUACAUUUGAGGUGUGGUCUCGCCCCUGGUUGACCGAUAUCAGGAUGUUGAAGAAUACUUGCCAGAAGUGAAGACCUGCAGAGCCCUGGCGGACAGUGUCCAGACACAUCCACCCUAUUAUUAACAAGCUUCUGCAGCCAGAGCUAAGAAAGCAAAAACUAACGUCUCUUUCA